CUCACACACACACUCACACACACACACAGAGAGAGAGAGACAGCUGCAGUCUUUCGUGAGCGCCGAUUCUCGCCAUCGAGCUGACUCCCACUUCACACCACCGGCGCCCGCCCUCUAUCGCUCCGCCGGCACAUGGCCCCUCCCCCAGGGCGAGCAGGAUCCGUGGGGCCAGGCCCGUAGCCUGACCCUAGUGCACCAUUCCUCAUGGCGUAUCAACCAAGGCGGCAUAAUGCGUAUUCGGCGCGAGUAUUAUGGAUAAUAUUGCACGAGCAGUAAGCCUGCCCCCAGAUCCCCCUACAAGAAGCUGCCUGCGUGCUCCCAUUUCCCCCGAGCGGCCGUGUGGAUGCCCAGCUAGCCUAGCCUACCACACCAGCCGCCAUCUCCAACGCUUCUCCAACGCUUCUCCCCGCCCCUUCAAAGCCAAAUCCACUUUUGCUACAUACAUGCCUUGCGACUAAUCGGCCUGCCCUGCCACCGCCCGUCUCUCCGCCACCGCCUGCCCACCAAGCUCCUGUAUAC